CCGCGAAAUCUUUUCAUUCUCUUGAUUUGUGCCCUCCGAACGGUUAAGGCCAUCGAUCGCGCGCUCCGCCGGUUUUCACAGUUGCUAGCGUCACCAGACCAGUUCAUCGAAAAUGUCGAAGAAGGCUGAUCCCUACGCAUUCGCCAAGGAUUUCCUGGCUGGUGGUAUUUCCGCCGCUGUCUCGAAAACGGCUGUGGCACCGAUCGAACGUGUCAAGCUGCUGCUUCAGGUGCAGGCUGCUUCCAAGCAGAUCAGCGCCGACAAGCAGUACAAGGGUAUAGUCGAUUGCUUCGUUCGUAUCCCGAAGGAGCAGGGAAUCGGUGCCUUCUGGCGCGGUAAUUUGGCCAACGUUAUCCGGUACUUCCCGACCCAGGCCCUAAAUUUCGCGUUCAAGGAUGUGUACAAACAGGUUUUCCUCGGUGGAGUGGACAAGAACACCCAGUUCUGGCGCUACUUCCUCGGUAACCUGGGUUCCGGUGGUGCGGCCGGUGCAACUUCGCUCUGCUUCGUCUACCCGCUAGAUUUCGCCCGUACCCGUCUCGGUGCUGAUGUCGGCCGUGGUGCCGGAGAGCGUGAAUUCAACGGUCUGCUCGACUGCCUGAAGAAGACCGUCAAGUCCGAUGGUAUCAUCGGCUUGUACCGUGGAUUCAACGUUUCCGUACAGGGUAUCAUUAUCUAUCGUGCAGCCUACUUCGGUUGCUUCGAUACUGCCAAGGGAAUGCUGCCGGAUCCGAAGAACACCUCGAUCUUCGUCUCCUGGGCCAUCGCACAGGUGGUGACGACAGCUUCCGGUAUUAUUUCGUAUCCAUUCGACACCGUCAGACGACGCAUGAUGAUGCAGUCUGGCCGUGCCAAGUCGGAGAUCAUGUACAAGAACACGCUCGACUGCUGGGUCAAGAUCGGCAAACAGGAAGGUUCCGGUGCGUUCUUCAAGGGCGCCUUCUCGAACGUCCUGCGUGGUACUGGUGGCGCUCUGGUGCUCGUAUUCUACGACGAGGUUAAGGCCCUGUUGGGUUAAGUAGGAAACGCCCUAGUGUAUUUAGUUAUGUCCAGCAGCAACAAAACAACAACAACAACAAAAUCAACAACACUUACCCCGGAGCGUGUGUAGUUGAAGGAUUUAACGCCUUUAAUGAGCAUGGUGCCGCGGAGGUGUGGGGUAGCGCAUAGCAAGACAAAUUCACCAUCUGUCAUCUCUCUCUUUUUCGAUGUACGUCUGCUGUAUUACCUUAAUGUUCCGAACAACUGACAAUUGGGUAUCGUUUGCGCUUUUACGAAAAAAAACGAGUGGAGCAUUAAUGCUCCUACUCCAGAGGGAAGGAAGCAGGCAGUCCUAUGCAAUAUGUUGCAUUUUCUAGACUAGAGAAAACGUUGUAUUAUCACCACCACCAACCUGCUGCUGCCUCCAGCGGAGCGAGUACUUCUGGACGACGAGCGCACGUGAAAUGAAAUGCGCAAAAGGUACCAGAGAAAAAAAAGAUCGCGAUUGCUAAAAAUAGAUUCGAAAUAUGACAUGGUUAAAACAAAAAAUAAAACUAGGUAUUUAUUUUAAA